AUGGCCCUCAAAUACAGUAAUCUAGUCCGGCUGGCGCCCCUCCAAGUGGGCGACCUCCCUGCACAUCCUAUUCUACCUCUGUCGGAGGGUCCGCGACCCGAAGUCGCUGUCUUCUUGCGCUCGCUACUUGAUGACGGGUGUGCGUUUCUCUCGCCCAGUUCGUUCUCUCGAAAUUUCUCCCACGUCUCCACCAAAUCUGUUGCCGAUUCUGCCGCACCUAUCGAGGUCCUGACAUAUUCCAUCCCGUCCUCGGAAAUAGCAAAGAUCUCCUGGUCGGAAGGCCAGGCUGUUGCAAGGAGCAAGCCUCGCGCGGCUGGUGUCGAGAACUGGAUUGCGAGGAAGAGUCUACAUCAGGACAUUUCCGGCAGGAGCGCGGAGAAACCAGGGCAUGCGAGCUGGAGGGAGUUUGUGUUCGGACUGCGAGAUGAGCACAGUGUACACGAGUCAAACUUCACGCCGUCGCUGUAUGACGCCAGGCAUAUACUGGACUGGAACGAUGAGAUAAAGGCUCUAUCCACGCGGGGAGAGAUCGGCACGUACAAAGAGCCGACCAUGGCGAUAUACGAGAUGUGCCACAUCCUUCCUGGGCCUUUGUCACCUAGGUGUUUUCCUGUUAUAGUAGCAACGGCGAGUGUGGACGAUAACUGCUUUGUUGCCGUUACCAUCCCAGUCAACCUGGGCUCGGGGGUCGACGAGGCAUAUUACACUGCCAAUCAAAAUGUCAAGGAUAGUGCAACCUCGCAAGAGAGGAAACAAGUUGUUGUCGGUGUCUACGCUGCGGUUGAGCUUGUCAGUAGGAACCCUAAAAAAAGCGAAAUCGAGUGGAUAAUGGCCACGGCAAGUGACGCGAAGGGGAAUCUUCCAAGUUGGAUUCAAAAAUUUGGAGUGCCUGGCCAGAUAGUCAAAGACGUCGGCUAUUUUUUGAAAUGGAUUCGGACUAUUGCUGAAGAAGACAUCCCAAUGCAUGUCUAG